AUGGGACGGGAGAGUGUACGCCGCGUGUGGCACGACCGCGCGUGGGCCUACGCCUGUUUGGGGUGCCUUUUCGGCUACGCUUUCUGUUGGGUACAGAACCAAGUGUUGGAGAUUGGAGUACACAGCUCAACAUCCUUGCAAGAAGCACUAACGGAUCAACCACCUUUCUCGUCGUCCGCGACGGUUGUCGCUACCGAUCAAGUUCGCUUGCGUCCGACAUCACAUCUCGGGAUAUUUAAACGGCAGCUGCUGGAACAUUCAGCGAUUCCGAACGUUGCUGGAUGCGCCGUCGUCGAUAUUUUGCCCGGAAAAUUGAUUGCGACGCACGUUCACGGAAGCAUGCACGAGUUCUUUUACGUGCUAUCGGGUCAAGGGUACGCCACGGUGACGGAUUGGCCGAACGAGCUAGUUACCAUGAAGACCGGAGACUUCCUACACGUCCCUCCCACGAAAGCGCACGCGUUUUCGGUUGCCUCGGAGGACACGGAACCGUUGCGUCUUUUUUAUUGCGGUGUCACGGUGGGCCCAAAACUUGGAUAA